GUGGUCAGACGUUCGAGGCGGGUGGCUUUCACGCACGUCGAUUUUGCAGGUUUUUGCUGUCCGCAAGCAGAAAAGUGUGAUUUGCUUUAACGACGCGCCUCCCCCGUCCCGUUUUCCAGCAAUCUUUUCGUCGUCAUCGUCGCCGUUGUCGACGUCGGUCGGUUGAUUAAAGUGCACGUCGCAAGUACGCAACCCCUCCCAACAGCUAUUCCACCGCCGAGGCCCACACCCUCCUCGGCCGUGAACGACGACGUCACACCAGCGUGAAAAUCGCCGUGCCGUGAAUGCCGUGGUGGUGUUGUUGUACACCGCGCUAUGAUUGAGCUGGAGUGCCAUUAGUCUGAGUUUCGGAGUGGUGAUUAGUGCAAGACGGUUAAAGUGAUAAAAAAUACAAAGCAAAAAAAAACAGUCGCCGGACUGCUUAAACGGCUGUUUCAUCAUCGCCAACUGAGCAUCAUCGCCUGUCUGGUGCAUAUGUUUGACCCGCUGCUGGGGUGUAGCAGCGUUCAGUGAGGAAAGUUCUAACUGCCGUCGGCCUGCGUGGACCAACCGCUGUGCCGAGAAAAGAAGGUCGGAGGAAAAGUAGGCGGCGAGCGAGAGCCAGCAGAGAAAAGGAAGUGGAAGACGGGCACAAGCCCCAGAGCGCGCCCAAUAGCAACCAUCAACAUUGGCGGCUUCCUGUGGUUGAGAAAACGUGCGGCGCGCGAUGUCGUCCGAUAAGGUGCCACCGCCGAUAUCACCCUCGAAAAGUCGCAGGCAAUUGCGUGAACGUAAACAACGGAAGCUGUACUCGGAAGAGUGGACACUCGGAGACGAUGACUAUGAGGGCGCGAGAGGAUUUAGCGUGGCAGAGAAGCUGGAGUCGCCCCGUUUCGCGCAAUCCGGAAUGGUGCGGGAGAUGAAGGGCGAAAAUUUAACCGUUGGGUUUCUGCAACAGAAUGGCUUCAAUAUACCGCUGCUGUUUAAGGAGAAGACCGGCCUCGGGUUGCAGGUACCCUCAUCCAAUUUCUCGAUCGGCGACGUUCGCACGUGCGUCGGUUCACGUCGCACACUGGACGUAAUGGAUGUGAACACGCAGAAGAACAUCGAGAUGACGAUGAAGGACUGGGAGAAGUAUUACGAGGAUCCGGUCAAGAAGAAGCUUCUGAACGUCAUCUCGCUCGAGUUUUCCCAUACGCGGCUCGAGAACUACGUUCAGAGUCCGGCGAUCGUGCGACAGAUCGAUUGGGUGGAUGUAGUGUGGCCGAAGCAGUUGAAGGAAUCGCAGGUUGAAUCGACGAAUCUGCUGAACGACAUGAUGUACCCGAAGGUGCAGAAGUACUGCCUGAUGUCGGUGAAGAACUGCUACACGGAUUUCCACGUCGAUUUCGGUGGUACCUCGGUCUGGUAUCACAUUCUGCGUGGCAGCAAGGUUUUCUGGUUGAUACCGCCCACCGAGAAGAACCUGCAACUAUAUGAGAAGUGGGUGCUAUCCGGUAAGCAAUCGGAUGUGUUCUUCGGUGAUACGGUCGAGAAGUGUGCUCGCGUCUACCUGACCGCCGGAAACACGUUCUUCAUUCCGACGGGUUGGAUCCACGCGGUCUACACGCCCACCGACUCGCUAGUGUUCGGUGGCAACUUCUUGCACUCGUUCGGUAUCGUGAAGCAGCUGAAGAUCGCGCAGGUCGAGGAUAACACUAAAGUACCGCAAAAGUUCCGCUAUCCGUUUUUCACCGAGAUGUUGUGGUACGUGCUUGCCAAGUACGUAUAUACGCUGCUCGGCCAUGCGCAUCUGGUCGGCGAGAAGGGACGGGAGCACGAGCUGCACGGUAAACCGCACGUCCACCUGACGCACUACGAGCUGUUCGGGCUGAAGGACAUCGUCAUGUACCUAUACGAUCUGCCAGCCCAGCGUAAGAACGUCCCGAAGCUGAUUCGGGAUCCGGUGGCCGUGAUCAAGGAUGUGCGAACGUUGGUCGAGCGGCACUGCAAGGAUAGCCCCGAGCUAGCCGUGACCGGUGUACCGGUACUGCACCCGGAUCUGAACAUCAGCAACAACUCGUACAUCCGAGAGCACUACGAAUACUAUUCGGGUGAUGGUACGGGAGAAGGUGGUAACCGAUCGACUGACGACAAUGAGGAUCAAGAGGCGGCGAAAUCGGAUGGAGACGAAGCAGCAGACGGUGGAUGUGAGAACGAGACGAGGAAGAGGACUCCUGAAGAAGGGAAAAGCAAUGGGAUCUCGGCAACUACUGAGCAGCAACCCCUGCUGCAGGGUGAAUCACAACAAAGGCAAAUCAUUGUUAGUAGCGGCAACGGAACACCAUCCGGAAAGGCAGGAGGAGCAGGAGGAGUACUAUCGUCACAUACAUCCCCGACACAGAUACCUAAUCAUCAUCACCAUCAGCAGCAGCAACAGCAACAGCAAUCCCAGAAACAUUCCCUUAAUCGCCAUAGUCAUGGUACGGCCGAGGAGCAGGAAUCUCUCAAUCGAUCCCGAUCACCGAUCGGUAGCUCGAACAGUGGUACAACGAUGGGACCUCCGUCGCGGCAAAAUCACUAUCACCAUGCUCAUCAUCAGUCACACCAUCCGCAGCACUACAGUGGCAACGAUGACGAUCGGAACUUUGUCUCACCGCAGCCGACGAGUGGCAACCGAUUCCCCUCGGUAGCGUCAGCAAACGGUGCUGGCCGUGGUCCGUACAAGAAACACUCUCCUGGUGUUGGUAGUGGCAGUGUGGGUAGUGAGAAACGGGACAGUGGGGGUGUUGGUAACGGCGGGGCUGGAGGUGGAAGCAAUAAUGGACCGCGGCGGCGUCGGACACGAUGUAAGACCUGUGAAGCCUGCCAGCGGUCCGAUUGCGGUGAGUGCAGCUUCUGUCUCGAUAUGGUCAAGUUCGGGGGACCGGGCCGAGCGAAGCAAACGUGCAUGAUGCGCCAGUGUUUGCAGCCGAUGCUGCCCGUGACGGCACAGUGUAUCCACUGUCAGCUGGACGGUUGGCGGCAGGCACCGAUCACUGCACCGGCUCAGGCGAAGCUGCAGGCCCAACUGCAGGAUGGCCCGUCGGCGUUGAUGGAGUGCUCGGUUUGCUACGAAAUCUCUCAUCCGGACUGUGCCCAGCGAGUAGCGCCCGAGGUACAGGGUGUCCAGAACGACGAUCUUCCGAACAGCUGGGAGUGUCCGACGUGCUGCAAAUCGGGCAAAAACACCGACUAUCGGCCACGGCAUUUCCGAGCACGCAUGAAAUCUUCCGAAAUUCGCCGCAUUUCCGUGAGCAGUGAUGCGUCCUCGGUACACAAUGCCGAUCUGGGCAGAAUGGUGGCAGCUGGUGGCGGAAUGGCGUCCUCGUUUGCUGGCGGCAGUACACUGGCGCACGGCAACAACUCGCACAGUGGUGGCGAAGGGGGUUCGGCCAGUGAUGGACCAAACAGUGGCGCUGGUGGCAGUGUUGUUACGAGGGUUCCCCGUUUCGAGAACGAUAUGCUGUACGAUUUUGCGGUCUCCGGCAAAGCGGUAAUCGUCGGGGGAAACGGUGGCAACAUACUCUUCGAGCGUAAGAUUAAGGACGAAGAUGUUUCGAGCGGAUCUGAGAACGAUACGGCGCCGGGCAGGAAACUGCACCAGCUUCACGCAAUGCCUGGUGGUGGUUCGGCAGUAAAGAUGGAAAUCAAACACGAACCAAUGGAUCAUCAACCACCUACACCGCACGGUCAGGGUGCUGGUGCGUUCGGUGGCCAUCAUCACACAACGAGCGUCAUUCGCGAUGGUCGUGAGUUGCAGCAGCAGCACCAGCAACAGCAGGGUCAUGGUCAUGGUGGCCUUUCUGCAACUAGUGGCAGUGGCAUUCCAGUAAAGCGAAGGAAAAGUGAAGAAAAUGGCACCAGUGGAGGAGCUAGCGGUGCUGGAUUGGUUCUAGGGAAUCACCAGCAGAAUCAUAAUUCACCGGCCGCAGGUAAUGGCGCCAUUGGUGGUAGUGGCGGUGGAGCGACAAGUGGCAAUGGAGCGGGUGGUAACGAUGGUCACGAAGGAGGGAAGAACAGCCAUUCGCUACCCAGAAAGAAAUCGACCCAACGCACGCAGCUGGCGCACCAGAUUCACAGUACCUCAACGAAGCAGAUGAAGAAACCAUUGUACCCGAUACGACCAGCGGCGCUGUCGCAUACACCUGGUGGCCAGUCGCAGUCGGGCAACUACGCGCUGGACGCGAACUGUUUGCUGCCCGUGUUCCGGUACCUUCCACCGGAAACACUGGUCACCUGCACGUUGGUGUGUAAGACGUGGUCAAAUAUUGCGGUCGAUCCGACACUGUGGAAGCGUAUGAGUUGCGUUGAGUAUAAACUCACGCCGAACCUGCUGUCGGCUAUCGUGCGCCGCCAGCCGGAACAUCUGAUCAUGGACUGGAUCGGGUUGGGCAAGCGGCAAGUGACGUGGCUCAUUUCGCGCAUUCCCGGACUCAAGAAUCUAUCGUUGCAGGGCACCCACAUUCAGGCGGUGCUCGGAUUGCACACGUGCAUGUGCCCUCCAUUGCAGGUGCUUGAUUUGAGCUUUAUUGGGGGGCUAAAUGAUUUCGCGAUUCGUGAGAUACUGUCCGCACCGAAGGAUUCGCGGCCCGGUCUGGCGGAUUCGAAGUCGCGGUUACGUAACCUAAAGAUGCUAAAGGUGGCCGGUGCCGAUAUCUCAGAUGUGGCAUUGCGCUACAUCACGCAGGGUUUGCCUAAUCUAACGCACCUUGAUCUAAGCUCAUGUCAGCGCAUUACGGAUGCGGCAAUUGCGCAAAUCGGGACGUCACCGGCGGCCAUCAAAACACUGGUCGAGUUGGAUCUGAGCUGUUGCAAGCUAAUUACCGAACUUUCGCUCGAUCAUCUCGCCAAGUGUGACGCACUGACACGACUAGAUCUGAGUCACGUGCCUCAGGUAUCCACACAGGCAGUAAUAAAGUUCGCUUCGACCUCGAAGAACGAUCUGCAGUUGCACGACAUCAAGCUGGUCGACAAACGAAAAGCUCCUGCUGCUCCUCCCCCUGUCCCUACUUCUUCUUCUUCGACGUAGACGUUACAGUGAUUGGCCUGUAAAGUUACUUACGACGGACAAUACAUCGGAUCCCCAGGGUACAGUAGGCAUUAGGAAGGGACAAAGGCAGGCAACGCGGGUUAAAAUGAUACCAAAGACUAUUUUUAAGUUCAGACCAAGUUCCGAUCGCGACUAACCGCAGGUUUUCAAAUUGAGGAAGAGGUGCCUGGAAAAGGACAUUCGAACGCCACGCCACGCCACUAGGAGCGACGCCACUGCCGCUCCUCCCAGCCUACUGUUGGGGUAAGCGAACUGGAGAAGGCCGGUAUACGAAUCGUUUUCGUUUCGUUUUCCAUCCAGAUGUGCCAGUUGUCUCCGAUUUAACGAUUCUAUUUUGGAAUUCCGCCAUCCAGCCCAAAUCCCCUCUACCUAUCUAUAUGCUUCAGCUAAGACAGUCUUUUGCAGCCAACGUUUUGCUCCACGAUUUGCCUAGACACCCCCUUUGCUUGGGGUUGAACAUAAUGGGGGUGUGCACCACAGACUAAAAGUUUGGUUCAACUUUCUGCCAAAGGGUCGUCGGUUGCAAUGGCGUAAAUGGUUUUAAUUUCAUUCUAAAACGCACAAUCGCUUCCAGUAGAGAUACACGGCGAAGAGGGUUUUUAUUGUCAUUAUAUGCAGUUUGUUAAAAAGAUAAGUAUUAAUCGGAGUGCACAUUUUCGAAAUGAUUAGUUCGCCUCUUCCACACUCCAACAGUCUUAGGUGUGACAGCCGGGCGUAGGUUUGUGUACGUAGGUUAGGAUUCUUACCCAUAGAACAGUUCAAAGCAGCUUGAGUUAAGUUGUAAUCACGUAUGCUCCUCGGAAAGCAUGUUGUAUCGAUCUUCCCGCAGGAAAAUGCAAAUCCCCCUUUGCAAAUGCCGUCAGCAAGCCGGCACACAACUUCACAAGGAUGACACCAUAUGAUUGUGUCCAUAAAGGGUGCAUCAACAGGAAUCAGCACUGUGUGAACCUCGAAGUUACGUUAACGUGUUAGGUGCGGUAGCAGUCGUGGCGUGUGUAUUACCGACUCAAAUAUGUAGUGUAAAGGAUGCAUUUUCAUAUGCUCGCCAAGACGGUCGAAUUUGUGUCGAACCAGUAGCAGCAAACAGUUAGAAUGUGGUGGACUCAGCUCGUUUAGCGAAUCGGUACAUGUGAGUGAGUGUGUGUGUGUGUAUGUAAGUGGAGGUAAAUGUAAAAUUCAAACUACUCCAAGCGACGGGGUACCAGCAAGUGCGAUGUAGACUCGCAUACGAUCCAGCAAAAAAGGGAAGGUAAGCGUUUUGUUAGCAUUAAUAAUAAUACAGAAAAUGAGAAAAGCAUUCGCAGCAAAGAGAGAGAAUGAGGGCUACUGCGAAGUGAAAUGGAAUACCCUCUAAGUCUAAAUGCAUUAUCUAGCAUACUGUAAGGUGUAACGAAUGUGGUAGGUUUGGGCUAGAAUGAGCACAUGGCCAAGGGCAGAGGCGUGUCAAAUAUUAGAUUUAUUAUAUGGACAAAGAAUUGUAAAUAAACUUUCGAGCGAAAAGAUAGUGAACAUUGUGUGAACAGUUGCACAGAAAAUAUUGAGAAAAUCAACGAUCCCAUCGAUCGGGGGUGAUGGAUUAAGGAAAUUACGCUUUAUGAGUCCGGCAGUUAAUAAGACGAAAUUA